CCGUUUCUAUAUAUUUAUUAAUUUAUUCGUUAAUAAAAUAAUUCGUAUUUUAAAGCAAGCGCCAAUGAAGAUACAGGAAAUAUUCACACGCAUACAAAAAAGGUGAAUUCGCAGCCAAUACAUGCUCUGUUUUCGUUAUUAAUCGUGCCAAUAAACAUAUUACGAAAUCUGGACGAGCCAAUGGCCACAUACGUCAGUGUCAACUGUCAACUAUCGAUGACCUGCCUUUAAAUUAUUAUCAAAAAACAAAUGAGUAAUGGGAAAUGGUGCUUGCUGUCGACAAGGCAAGUAAUUUGAUAAAACACUUGAUCGAUACUGGAACGAAUCGCUAGCACAUUAAUGAUAAAAUGAGUGUGGAUGCAUACGGACCGAGUUCCCAAACACUCACGUUUUUGGACACCGAAGAUGCAGAUUUAAUAGGAGCGGAUACUCAGGGCUCCGAAUGUGACUUUACCGAUUUUACAAUUCCCUCGCAGACACAGGCCUCCCAACAUGACCAUGCUGGCCCCAAAGUGUCUGGAGUACAGGUAAAUAACAACAUUGUCAACAAAAUCACAGCUACCACUAACGCUCUGGGAGAAUUACAAUUCGAGGAAGAUGAUGAAGAGGGAUAUUUCAAUACUAAAGAACUGCCUGAUUAUGCCUGCAAGUACUGUGGCAUCCAUGAACCAAACUGUGUCGUCAUGUGCAACCUCUGCAAGAAGUGGUUCUGCAAUGGAAGAGGAAACACUUCUGGAAGUCAUAUCAUCAAUCAUUUGGUCAGAGCCAAACAUAAGGAAGUUACCCUACACAAAGAUGGGCCAUUAGGAGAGACAAUUUUGGAAUGUUACAGUUGUGGAGUUCGCAACGUUUUUGUGUUGGGUUUCAUACCAGCUAAAGCAGAUUCUGUAGUUGUCCUACUGUGCAGACAACCUUGUGCUGCGCAAAACUCGCUUAAGGAUAUGAAUUGGGAUCAAGAACAAUGGAAACCUUUGAUUGCCGACCGUUGUUUUUUGACGUGGUUAGUCAAGAUACCUUCGGAACAAGAACAAUUGCGUGCUAGACAAAUUUCCGCGCAACAGAUCAAUAAAUUAGAAGAAUUAUGGAAGGAAAAUGUCGAUGCCACUUUCCAGGAUCUAGAAAAACCUGGUGUAGAUGAGGAGCCACAACAGGUACUUCUCCGUUAUGAAGACGGUUACCAAUACCAAAACAUCUUUGGUCCAUUAGUAAAGCUAGAAGCCGACUACGAUAAGCGCCUCAAGGAAUCCCAAACUCAAGAAAACAUCGAAGUUCGUUGGGACGUAGGCUUGAAUAAGAAAACUAUCGCCUAUUUCACCCUCGCCAAAACCGAUGGAGAUAUGAAGUUGAUGCACGGAGAUGAAUUGAGAUUGAGAUACGUUGGAGAAAUGCACAAGACAUGGGCGGGAGUCGGACAUGUCAUUAAAGUACCCGAUAAUUACGGCGAAGAUAUAGGAAUUGAGUUGAAAAACGGUUCUGGGGCUCCUGUGGAUUGCGGAAGUAACUUUGUAGUUGAUUUCAUUUGGAAGAGUACCAGUUUUGAUAGAAUGCAGUUGGCCCUUCGUAAGUUCGCCGUCGACGAUGCUUCAGUUUCCGCUUACAUAUACCACCGACUGUUAGGCCACGAAGUGGAAGAAGUUUUAUUUAGAUGUCAUCUCCCUAAACACUUUUCGGCCCCCAACUUACCCGAUUUGAACCGAUCUCAAGUUUAUGCCGUAAAACACGCACUACAACGCCCUCUAUCGUUGAUCCAAGGUCCACCUGGUACUGGAAAGACUGUAACAUCCGCCACUAUCGUUUACCAACUUGUUAAGCAAAAUGGAGGACCGGUUCUAGUAUGUGCUCCUAGCAACACCGCUGUCGACCAACUCACGGAAAAAAUCCACAAAACUAACCUUAAAGUUGUCAGAUUGUGCGCAAAGUCGAGGGAAGCAAUCGACUCGCCUGUUAGCUUUUUAGCUUUACAUAAUCAAAUUAGGAAAAUGGAAGGCAAUACUGAACUACAAAAGUUGCAACAACUGAAAGACGAGACGGGUGAAUUGAGUUCUGUAGAUGAAAAACGGUACCGAAUGUUGAAGAAAAUGGCUGAGAAGGAACUGUUAGAAGCUGCAGAUGUUAUCUGUUGCACUUGUGUAGGUGCUGGCGAUCCUAGACUGGUCAGGCUCAAAUUUCAUUCUAUAUUGAUAGAUGAAAGCAUGCAGGCUACCGAACCUGAAUGUAUGGUACCCGUUGUCCUCGGUGUCAAGCAGCUUAUUCUCGUAGGUGAUCACUGCCAAUUAGGACCCGUAGUAAUGUGCAAGAAAGCUGCGAGAGCUGGUCUGUCGCAGAGUUUAUUCGAACGAUUAGUAGUACUAGGUAUCAGACCGUUCCGUCUAGAAGUCCAAUACAGAAUGCAUCCAGAACUGUCCAGAUUUCCCUCCAACUUCUUCUACGAAGGUAGUUUACAGAAUGGAGUUAGCGCGGAGGAGAGGAAACUAGCGAAAAUUGAUUUUCCGUGGCCUAUUCAAGACAGGCCUAUGUUUUUCUUAGUUACGCAAGGUCAGGAGGAAAUCGCUGGGUCUGGAACGAGUUAUCUGAAUAGAACUGAAGCUUCGAACGUUGAGAAAAUUGCGACUAGAUUUUUAAGAUCGGGUGUAAAACCCGAACAAAUAGGUGUCAUUACCCCGUACGAAGGUCAAAGGGCGUAUUUAGUGCAAUACAUGCAAUACCAAGGAUCUCUUCAUAGCAAACUUUACCAAGAAAUCGAAAUUGCCAGUGUAGACGCUUUUCAAGGUCGAGAGAAGGACAUAAUUAUUAUGUCCUGUGUACGUUCCAACGAACAUCAAGGAAUAGGCUUCUUGAACGAUCCUCGAAGGUUAAAUGUUGCUUUAACUAGGGCUAAAUACGGAAUAAUCAUUGUAGGAAAUCCUAAAGUUUUGUCCAAACAACCGCUAUGGAAUCAUCUAUUAUCCUUCUACAAGGAACAGAAAGUCUUAGUCGAAGGUCCACUGACCAAUUUGAAGGAAUCGCUCAUUCAAUUUGCCAAACCUAAGAAAUUAAUAAAUUCUGAAAAUCCUGGGUCGCACUUUAUGACCACUUCUACGUUUGAUGCCAGAGAAGCCAUGGUACCCGGAAGUGUAUAUGAUCGCAGUGCUAACCAGGCAAUGAACGGGCAGUUCAAUUAUCCAAGCCACAGGGGCGUGCCGUUGGACGUUUUUGGUAGAACUCACGAUCCAAUCAGCUACAUAUCACCUGAACGUGCUCAAGCCAGUAUGAACCUACCAGUACCAGUUGGAAUGUUCAUGAAUAUGGCCCAUAUUCCUCCCAGAUUCUACAAUCAACACCAACAAGCGUUACAGGCUCGACAGCAGCAAAACCACCGCAACAGAAAACCGCCUCAGAGACAGAAAGGCAAAGGCGGUAAUCUUAGUCAAGAUCAUACCCAACCUUUCAGCCAAAGUCUGCAACUGACACAAGGCAUGUCGCAACCUGGUUUGUCUCAACCUGGCUUCAGUUUGAGUCAACCUGGAUUAUCACAAGCUGAACUCAGCCAAGAUCCAUACAUGGCGGAAUACCAAUCGCAAAUGGACGGAUUAUUGUCACAAGAUUCUACAUACCAGGGAGAUAGGUCAGCCUUCUACCAGCCAAGUGCCCAGUUCUCCCAGCCCUAUUGAUCGAGUUCGGCAGAAGAUGACAAUAGAAUCGCGGGAGCGGUCUUCUGAAAAUUUGCAAGUGAAUGAGAUCUGAUCGUCAAAUUGUCAGUAACGCAGCAAAACAAGGUCACAAGAUGUCGACAACGGAUAACAUAAAACAAACAAAUUCGACAAGAAGAGAGAUAUUACACACACAACAAAAAAACGUAAAAAAAAUACUAGAGAAGCGAACACCGGAAGUGAGACGCGUGUUGCGCAUUUCUCCAUAUUUUGUAUAUCCUCCAAAUCGAAAGGGGGAACGAGGCUCUUCCCUGUAGGUGACGUUUUCACACCGCUGUGACUAAGAUACAUUUAUUUACAUCAACUGUAACUUAUUUUAAGCUUUUAUUUUAAAUUUAAUGUUUUUUAUUAAGUUUAUUUUCUGUUGGGCGUUUGUACAUGGGGGUUUAACUGUAUUAUUUGGGAAGAGUUUGGUAACGAAAUAAGUAGAAAGAAGAAAACGGUUCAAUGUUUUCCUAAAUUGGUUUAGUCCUUUAACGUUUUUAAGUUUUUGCCUCGAGUGGUUGCAACGUGGAUCAGAAUAUGAAUUAUCUUCAUUCGAGUACUACGUAUUAUCUGUUGUUCGAGUACUACAAUAUGAGACCUUACUUUAAAAACUUCAAUUUAAUGAAGGCGUUGGGUUGUUUUGGAGAAGCUUUUACAGCGCAAGGGGUCUCACAUACCACUUUUCCUUCAUGGAACGGUUAGAGAACAGUUCUACAAGCGUUCUAAUAAAAUCUUGAACAAUCAAAUAUUUUAUUGAACAUAGUCAGCGAAAUAACUUUUGUAUACUUCGUUUUAUUCUAAACAAUCGAAAUCCUUUAAUUUAUAGAAUGAAGAUAACUUUGUUCUAUUUUAUCAUGGCAUAUUUUACCUCCCUGAGCUAAAAAGGCGUGAUGAGGUAAAUAUGGAAAUACACAUACUUUACUUCUAUGUAAAAAAAUUAACAAUCACAAGUUCUUGAUAUAUUUAUUUUCAUAGACGUGCAUUCUUACAGUGUAACUUCAAUUUUUACCUUUUUUGCUACUUACAGGAAUUAAUAUUUGCUCUAUCUAAACAUCCCAACAUCAGUAGCUUCCCACAAUAAAGCUUAGGUAUAGCAGUGGAUGGAAAGAUGUUAAAAGAUAGAUAAUAAAUGAUUUUGAGGGUAUUUGGUUGAUAGAAAAGAGGUUAAGGGAUGAAAAACUUCACAGGCCAAAUAGAUUCGUUUUCUUGGGUCUAGAUGAAUGUUUCUAAGUUAUAAAACGACUUUUAUGUUAGAACAGCUUUUAACAUUCAACCUUACUCUAUCCAACUUUGUACCUAAACCUUCCCUUGGCUCUUCCACUGGUGUCUUUAAACAUUACCCUACUUAAAGAUUAUUAUUAAUUGAUAGUACCUGAAACUCAGUACCUGCUUUUUAACCUCUUUUAGAUUAAUUUAGUUUGUUUCCUAAGUAACCUCGACACCUUCCUGUAUAAGAGGAACGUCGAUUAUGUAUGUAUGUAGUUUGUUUCCUAUGCUGUUUUUGUGUAGUAUUUAAACUGGUUACAAGCAAAAUUCCAAUCUAGCGACGAAAAAAUCUAAUAACUGGCGCAGAGAAUAGGAUAAAUAUGUCAACAUUCGUAGCAGUGCAAAUUUUAAACUCAAAUUGACAUCACGAUGGCGAAGAUAUCCAAGAAUUGGCGCAGUCGAUCCAAUAAGUAUGAUAAAGUUCCUAACAAUGACGUUUAAAAAUACAUGUGUCCAACUAAGAUUAUGUAAAUUUCGAAGUUAUGGUGGCACUAAAAGCCAAAAUACUGCUCGAGUACUUUUAAAACCUCUAUUAUACUGAUCAGGAACCAAAUUAGUGACUUUUUUCAAACAACUAUAAAAACAAACCACAAAUGUUUAUGUAUUCAAUCAAUAGUGUUUUUUAAUAUCUUUUGAAAAUAGCAUAUAAAUUGUCAGUAAUCUUCCAAAAUAUUACGGCUAACAUCCCACCAAAAAGUGAAAAAGAAACUAAAGUCGUUUCGCUUAGGUAGAGACGUUAUGUCCCAAUCAGUAAAAGAAUGAAUAUAAGUUUGUAUAGCUUUAUUUUUUAUUUUUCUAUUUCGGCAUAAUUGUCAGGGUUAAUGGUUUAACUAUUGUAUUACUAGAAUCAUAUAUGUUCUUGUUUAAUUUCAAAAAAAUAGUCCGAUUCGAGAUUGAAAAAACUCGAUUUGUUCAUUAUCGCCGUCACUCACUGCUUUUUUGUUUUGGACUUUUCCUGCAUACACCGAGCAAUCCACGUAAAACUGGACAAGUUUCUUGUGAGUCAUAAAUUUAUUUCAAAAUAAAUAAAAUGUUCAAUGUA